UCAUCAGGUAUAAUAAAUCCAUCUCGUUCAGUAGUAUAUUUACACAAAGGUCCAAGAGUACGUGGGUUAUUACGUGAUGAAUCUGAAUAUUUAUUAUCUCCAAAGGGUAAAAAAUAUGGUGAAGAAGAAGAGAACCUAUCAAAUUUGAAAAAAUUCUUGGGAGAUGAAUAUAAAUUACCAAAUAAUUUAAUUUUACAAGUUUUAACUCAUAAAUCAUUUGCUCAUGGGUUUAAACCAUUUAAUGAAAAAUUGGCUAUAUUUGGUUCACAUUAUUUAAAAUAUAAAACUUCAUUGUUUUCAAUCAAUGGGAAUGGUGAUUUAUCCUCACAAUAUGCAGUUAAUGGAUUAGAAUUGGGACAAUUGGGUUCAAAACCUGCAAGAGAUUUGAUUUCAAAACAUGUAUUGGCACAAUUUAUACGUUUUUCAAAUAUUGGUGAUUCCAUUUUUUGGAAGAAAAGAGAUCCAUUAAUCACAAAUUCAGAAGUUUCUGGUGAAGACUCGGUCUUUGCUAGAACUUUAGAAGCUUUAAUUGGUGCAUUAUUAUUACAACAUGGUAAAGCAAAGACUGAAAAAUUUGUUGAUGAAAUUUUAUUGAAUGAAUCA